UGUUUGUUGCGGUUGCACCCGAUUCAAGAGCCGAAUGGCUCACAGGGCUCUACCAAAUAAAUGGAACUAUGACGCCGGACAUCAGAAUGACCACGUGGCCGACCACGUGGACCGCAGGACGCACGUUGAGAUAGGCGCGUGCCCAUCAAGUCGGUUUGAAUAAUGCACAUUCGUUAAUAUAACAGUGCCUUUGAGUUGUUUUGUUUGUUAUUAAUUCUGCAGCGCUGUGAGACUACUGUUACGGGCGAUGUAAUCAGGAUUAUUUUUAAAUAUCUAAUGGAUAAAUAUAUCGUUAGAUGGUAAAUUAUUAAAGUUUACGAAUGGAUGCUAAACACAUUUUAAGUCGAUAUGGAUACAGACUCGGCUACACUCUUGGCGAAGGGACGUACUCAAAGGUGAAGUUUGCAACGUCGGAGCAGCACGAACGACGCGUGGCCAUCAAGGUCAUUGACCGCAGGAAGUUGCCUCCCGACUUCGAGGAGAAGUUCUUGCCCAGAGAGGUGGACCUACUCAGAUCCCUGCACCACCAGAACAUUGUGGAGGUCCUGCAGCUCAUCGAAGGCUGCCGCGGAUACAUCUUCAUUGUCAUGGAGCUUGCACAGUCCGACCUCCUCCGGCUCAUGCAGGAACGGGGCAGCCUGGACCAGCGCACCGCUCGGGGGAUCUUCACAGAGCUUUGCAGUGCCGUGCACUACCUGCACCAGAUGCACGUGUCUCACCGCGACGUCAAGUGCGAGAACGUGCUCCUCGUCGACGGGCUGCACGUGCGCCUCACCGACUUCGGCUUUGCCCGGCAGUUCCAGAUGGACCGAGCGCACCCGGGCUGUCUGGAGGAGCUGAGCAAAACUUACUGCGGCUCUGCGGCGUACACGUCGCCCGAGGUGCUGCUGGGAACGCCGUACGACCCGCGCCUGCUCGACCUCUGGAGCCUGGGCGUGGUGCUCUUCAUCAUGGUCACGGGAUACAUGCCCUUCGAUGAUUCUAACCUGAUGCGGCUGGUGCGGCAGCAGAAGAGAGGCGUGAUAUUCUCUGGGGCAGCCUCUCCGGGCGCAUCCUCUCACGCGCAGCCACCGCCGGGUCCCUCCGGCACGGACGACAGCGACGACGGUGGCACCGGUGCUGCCGAUGGCAGUGGCCUCGACGACAUCACGGCUGGCGACGUGCCGUCGGGAUCAUUGUCCUCGCCACGGAGAGACGGUGCGGUCGCUUCGAAUGCCACGGUGGACACGCGGUGCGAGGACCUCAUUUUGAAGCUGCUGUCAUUCAAGCCUUUGGCUCGACCUCAGCUUGCUCAGGUCUUCUUGCACCCAUGGAUGAUGGAGGCUCCGGAUCAAGACCUAAUGCGCAUCCUCUGACCACUUCUGGCUGAGCUGACCCAGGGUUGGCACAAUCCCCACGUGGUUCCUCAGUUUGGUUCUACGACGUAGUGGUUGAGGAAAGGUCCCUUGAGUGACACAGCGCUGCUUUGUCAUAAUUAAAACAUAAGCUUUGCUCGCGUUGUUAUGCGCCUCGGUAUUUAUGCUCACCACUCAGCUGACACGCACCAGACAUCGCCCGCCAAAUAUUUAAACUCACCACUCAACUGACACGAUUUAUGAGAGGCUACAGCUGAUUCAGAUAUACGUACACCGUGUGUAGAUUAGUUGUGUCCCAGUCGGACCCAUUUUUGUUCCCGUGAUUCCGUGGACCUGUUGAUAAGACUGUCCGUUUCAAAUCAAGAGCAUUCUGCUUUCGAACAGGACCAGCCAAGCGAAUGAGCGUGUACAGUCGUGUAACUAGCGUGGAGGCAGGCGGUGCCCAGGCCUCCCUGGUGGCCAAAGCUUCGAGUUUGGGCCCCCCUUGACAACCACCAUGAUAUGCUUUCAACAAAGAAUGUAAAAGAACAAAAACGUAUUUAAAUCGCGGUUUCAAUUUGUUAAUGCAAAGGCUUUCAGUUACGAUUCACGUAUUUAUUUAUUUAAUUAGAGCAAUAACGCUUGGAGUAAAAUAACAUGUGAAAUAUAACUCCGUUUCUGGUAUAUUUAAUUAAUUAGAUACGCGUAAAUUAUAUUGCAAAGCAGUAACUACGGAGCUGCAGUAGCUGCAUUUUGCGAAGACGGAGUGCCCCUGCAGCGUUAAAUGUUCGAGGCCGUGAGCGUAACGUUGUGAUUAUCAGACUCUUGAGUAUUUAUACUGGAGGUAUCCAAUGAGCUAUGAAGAUCUUUUUCACAGUUGUCCGGUAGUUUUCACAGACGUCCAGUAGAGUUGGCAAGAGGAGCCGCGAUUUAUCGCCUAGGUGCGACCGUGCGAGACAAAUCAAAUAUUGGGGACCCACCGAACCGAUUCCCGCACCCGCCGUGAGCUGAUAAUGUAGUCACUACGCCGCUGAGAGUCGCGUGCGUUGAGCAAGUUUUCUCAGCCCCCUCGAUUGAGAAAGGCUUCCAGGACAUGCAGAUUGACCAUCGUUUUGAAUGAACGCCACGUACACUGAUUUCAUGUCCACGGUGAUGCAUUAGUCUGUUGCUAACUUUAAAUGUGCUCAUCUUGAAACGGCUUUCGAGCAUGAUUGGGUGUCUCGCAAAUGCAGGCAGAGCCGCUACUAAGAGCUGCAUGAUUGAGCUCAAGAGAGCUGAGAUGUAUAUGAGCUGUGGGACAUGAGCAUGCAGACACACCAGGUGAUGCGUGAUCGUUUAUACUCGGCGAUGGGUGACGGACGAUCACAGCUCUUGCUGGAACAUUCAUUUGGUUUAUUCUGGGCACAUGCAAAAAUAUUCUCCACAAAUGUGGAUUACACCAUACAGCUCAGUGUAGUCUCAAGAAUUAAUGCUCAUUCACCUUCCCAACCAACGUCGAUGGCUGGGAGAUUCAGAGUUGCUGUGGGCACCUGGGAGCCGUGGUUUAAGCUUGCGAAUCGCUGAGGCUGUUUGACCACGCCGGUCACGCUGGUCACAGUGGUUUGAUGAGGAUACCUUCCCGAUAGGGGAAGGCAUCGUGACUGCCUAGGGCCUAGGAAGUCACACAUUUUGAUACUAAAUGGUCAGCGUUGUAAAUGUUUUUUUUACUCACGUACGAUUGUUACGGCCUAUGGGAUCCGCCGGCACGCGUUAGACCCCAGAAGCUCAGCAGGGUUUUGGGCCUGGAUAGUGCACAACGAGAUGGCGCGUUGGCCACCCUGUUUAAUAUUGCUGGUGUAUUUUUCAUACACCGCCAAUACAUUAUAUGGACAAAGAUCCCCUCCGUGUGGCCUUAACAGACUGUUGGGGCAAGUUGCUGUUCGCGAGCAC